ACCCACCAAACUACCCGUAUUUUAUUGGAGAAAACACAGGGACCACAUCAGCGCCCAUCUCUUUAAUGAACAAACGCUCUCGUGACAGUGAGAGAUAAGGUCGAUGAUUCUUUAUAAGGCUUCUUCGACUCCGGUCUCCUGUUAGGGAUAACGUCUGCUUGGGAUAAGGUCUCGCUCUGCAGUGGGUGACUGAAGAAGAAGGGAGAUGGAAAGGAGCACAGACCAGCAGCUCACAAUUGUUGAGUUCUUGAGGGAGAAAGGGUUUGAUGAUGAAAGCAUAAAGAGAAUGGUGAGGCGAUGCAAUCCACUGGAGAUCACAGGAAGAGACAGAGCGAGUGAGAAUUGGAAUUACUUGGAAAGCAUUGGGGUUCAGAAGAGGAAGCUUCCGUAUGUUGUUUUCAAGUGCCCCAAAGUCCUCACUUUGGGCUUGAAUCAGAAGCUUGUGCCUACCGUCCAGUGCCUUGCGACCUUGGGAUCAAGGCCUGGCGAAGUGGCCUCGGCCAUCACCAAAUUCCCAAACAUUCUCUCACACAGUGUUGAAGAUAAGCUCUGCCCAUUACUAGCUUUCUUCCAGGUGCUAGGAAUCUCGGAGAAGCAACUGGGUAAGAUGCUCCUGUUGAAUCCAAGGCUCAUCAGUUACAGCAUCGAAACGAAAUUGACUCGGAUUACUGAUUUCCUCGCAAGCAUUGGUCUCAAUAAGGAAGGCUUGAUUGGUAAAACUCUGGUGAAAAAUCCAUUCUUAGUAGGUUACAGUGUUGAGAAACGGCUUCGACCAACCACAGAAUUUCUCAAGUCGAUAGGCUUAGAUGAACAGAAUUUGCAAAGAGUGAUUUGCAAUUUCCCUGAAGUAAUCUGUAGGGAUGUUAAUAGGGUUCUAAAACCCAACUUAGCAUUCUUGAAGAGAUGUGGAUUUGACAGUAAACAAAUUGCAACAUUGGUUGCCGGAUAUCCCCCUGUUCUGAUCAAGAGUGUCAACAAAUCCUUGGAACCCAAAAUCAGAUUCUUGGUUGAAGACAUGGGAAGGGAAAUCGGUGAGAUAGCAGAUUGUCCAGAGUUCUUUCGACAUGGUAUGAAGAAGAGCUUGGAGUUGCGGCACAAACUUUUGAAACAAAAGAACAUACAUUGUAGUCUGAGCGAUAUGCUUCAUUGCAAUCAGAAGAGGUUUAUUGCUAAAUAUGGCUUAGUUGCAGGCUUCUCUUGAUUCUGUUCUUCCUGCUCUUUUCGACCUUUGUGUUCCAUCUCUUGUUAGGGUUGAAAGUUUGGCCAUUGGUUGCCAGAGGUGCAAGGGCUUGCUCUUCAAGGUAAGAAUAUUGUUGUUUUUUAUCUUCUCUUGUCCUGCACUCAGCUAGCAUUGCUGAAUAGAACUUGUCUUUACCCCAGGUAGUGCUUGUAUCACCACAGACCACAAAAAUUUCCUGUUUUAUACAGUUUUUUCCCCACUUUUGUUUGCAAAUUCAUUCCUACUUAGCUGCAAAACUCUAAAAUUUACAUGACUGGCAAAGUUGUGUCUGAUGUUUCUUUUGCA